AUUGACCGUAACUUGAACGUCCAAUAUCAGUACGAUACCAGUGUCUAGUUAUUGCACUUGUCUUUGUUCCUGUCACUAGGAAGAAUAAAGAAAUAAUUGCUAUUAAAAUAUUCACGUCAAGGAGCACCAAGGUUUAAAGAAUAAUAUGGAUGUUAUAUGGUAUGCAUUGACUGCCUUGGUUUUAAUCUUGACCACAUGUAUCUUAUUCUACCUAUAUGGUCCUGCUGGUUAUCCAGAACCUCCCUUGCUAGGAGGAGCCUUGCCUAUCCUUCGAAAUGCUUACACGUUCCUUAAGGAAAAAAACAGCUCAGAUUUAUAUGAUCUUAUGGUUUACACUGGAGUUGAUAGUUUGGAGAAAGGAGGUGUGAUCAAAAUUGACAAUGUUUUACCGUUUAUGACACAUUACGUGAUAACCGAUCCGGACGAUUUGCUAACAGUAAGCAACUCGUCUAACAAACACUAUUUCUAUAACGUUUUCUACGCGAGACUCAAAGAUAGUAUCUUCAAUCAUCUACCACUAGAUGAAACGUGGAAAACUAACAGGAAACAAAUGAGUGUAGCGUUUACGCCAAAAUCUAUAAAAAAUCUGACGCCAGUCAUGAACAGGUGUGGAAGGCAGCUGUGUGAAGCUUGGGCAGCCGAGGGGGGGAAACCAUUUGAACAUCUUGAAACUGUUCAUUUGGCUGUUUACUGUGCUGUAGCAGGAGACGAUGUAGACAUAGCGUUGGCUAGAGACUACAUAGACGUAACGAGCUCGGUCGAGGAUGCGUUGUCUAGGAGGUUGUGUAGCUUCUUCAUGCACUUCGACAUUUUCUUCAACCUCACCAGCGUCGGUCGGAAACACAAUGAGGAAUGUGAAUAUGUAAAUUCACUUUGCAGAAAGAUUAUACGCGACAAAAAGGAAAGAAUAAAAAGUCCUGAAUACACAGGGCCGAAAAGCGUCACAGACUACAUAAUACAGUUCUGCGAUUUCGACGAUGAUGAUGAAUUGAUGGGAGAAGUGAACACCAUCAUAACAGCCGGGUACACCACGACAUCGUCCAGUUUGACCUCGCUGUUCAUGCUGCUAGGAACACACCCUGAGGCUCAGGAGAAGCUGUACCAAGAACUACAAUCAGUGCUCGGAUCGUCAGAGAGGGAUAUCGUCAUGGAGGAUUUGGAGCGCUUGCCGUAUUUAGAUGCUGUUGUGAAGGAGUCUGUGCGUUUGUAUCCGGCCGCACCUAUCGUGUUCAGAUACUCAGAAAAACCUUAUGUUUUAAAAAACUUCACAAUACCGCCGAAGAGAUUCUAUGCUAUUAACUUGUAUGGUGCCAACCGCCACCAAGUGUGGGGGCCGGAUUCGUUCGAGUUCAAGCCUGAGAGGUGGCUGGAUCCGAAGAUGCUGCCGCCUGCGCAUGCCUUCACCUCCUUUAUGCUAGGGAAGAGGGAUUGCGUGGGUAAAAGGUAUGGAUUGAGUUCGAUGAAAAUAAUGACAGUUCACGUAGUGAAGAGAUACAAGAUUUUCUCUGACAUCAGUAAAUGUCAGUUCAAGAUAGGUGUAAUCAUGAGGCCGGCCACUGGAGGCAUCAUCAGGGUCGAAGAGAGGAAUCCUCGAACGACAAACAUUUGAAAAUUAUUUAGGACCAUUCUGCCUUCAUUAGCAAAAGGGCGCAUCGAAUAUUUUUGUUUUCUAUUCCAACAGAAUAAUAUUGGAAGAUUCACCUUUUUUAUUCUAAUAACUGACUUUUUAAUAAAUCAUUGCUGAUACAUAAAUACCUACGAGAUUUUGAAAAAAAUCAACAUAAAAUGUUGGUAUUACAAAAAAAAAUGGUGAAAAAAAAAUUGGAUGAAGAUUGAUUGAAGAGUUGUGAGUAAAUUGUUUCUGGCGGUAGUACCUAAAAGCGGUAAUUUUGCAGAAACCGACAUACUUAUUAAAACUUGGCUCAAUUAUGUGUAACCAGUUUUAUCGAUGAAACAAUGUGGGCUUACAUUGUAGGACUAGGAUAUUUUCUAAUAAUAAGUACAAUUUUUUUCUCCAUAAUAAAGUAAUUUCUGUAAUUUAAUUCCUGGGAUUGUAAACAUCAAACAAUAGAACAUUUUUAUCGAGAAAUGAAAGUAUCAGAUUGAGGUCAUCCUUUGAGGCCCGCAAUUUAUCGCAAUUAAAAGCCAGCAACGUUUACCGAGCCGCCAAAGUUCUGAAAACUAUAUCGCGAUAAUGUAUAUAACCAACAUAAACGACUAUUAACCCUUUCACAUUAGCAAUACAAAUACUUGACCAGGUUUUAUAAAAGUAAUUUUCUUGUUAAAGGACAAUGCUUACGAAUGUUUGGAAAAACCAGAGCAAACAGAAAUACUACGUGUGACAUGUAUGCAGAAGUAAAAUUUUAAAUUUCGUUGUCUAUAUGUGAAAUUGCUAUUUUACUUCCAAAGGAGUUCGAUAUUUAGUAUGAAAAAAAAAUCGAAAUAAUUAAUUUAGCCCUUGAAAUAUUUAGGACCAUGUCAUAACUAAUUAAUAUUACAAAAAAAACUAAUAUAUAAUUUACUCUCAUUUCUGUUCGCGGUUGUUAUUUUUUUGAGCAUUCUCCUUAUUAAAAAGUUGAUGUAAAUUAAUAUGGUCGUCUCCAGCGAGAUGCAGAGAGUACGUGCUUUCAACCGCAAAUCAAAUCUUGCACCUCUAUUCUGUGAUAAUAGGGGCGAAUUUGCAAUGAAUUAUGAUAUGCUGUCGACUAUACACUUAAAAUAUGCUAUCUCACUCUUGUUUUUUUAUGUAUCGGACAGUAAUCGCGGAUGGUCGCUGCGUCGACCUCUUCACCGGAAAAUUUCUCCUGAGGAAAAUUGACGAUCAACUAGUUUUGUAUCCGUACUGUACACGAUAGUGUGGUGACGUAGUUUAUUAUAAGUUGAUCCUGUUAAUGUGUAUAGUAUUGACUAUUGGUGCGUUAUUAUAUGAUUUGUUUUAUUUAUUUAUUCACCAUUAUUCAUUUUUAUUCAUUAUUUAUUCAAGUAAAUAGUGUUGCUAACAAAAAAUAUAUGUACUUGACAAUAAAUGUACAAAUUGAAGCGGUGUUGGUCCAGUGGUUAAAAACGUCGGCCUGUGAUCGAAAGGUCCCAGGUUCGAACCCACUCAUACCACAAAACUUGUAUACCAAUGUGACUCAUGUAUAGUAGUAUUUUGAUGAAGGAAAACAUCGCGAGGAAACCUGCUUUCUGGUUGGCAGUUUAAGUUCACUAGUGUAAAUGCGACUACUUGCCACUUGAUAUCAGUAGGUUGUAAAAUUCAUGUCAGAUGUAUUUAGGUGACUUGUAUAGAAUCUGUCACCUGUGUUACUUAGUGAUAAAUAACACACGAGAAAAUAAGAACACAAAUGUAUAAAAAAUAAUAUCUUAUCCAUCUAUAAGGAAGGCCAGUGCCCCGGCAGUGGAGACGUUAUAACGAUGAGACAAGAGAAGGAAAAAUCGUUCAGACUCAGCAAAAAUUCUCAGACGAUAUGGUCGUGCUGCGAGACUGGCACUGGCCUGAACCCAGGAUGGGGUCGGCGCAUAUACUGUAUGGAAAUUUAAUUUUAGAUUCCCACGCCUGAUAGGCAGAAUAUACUAUACCUUAUUACUGUAACCAUGUUUUAAGGAAUAAAAUGAUCUAAUAUUAUACGAGUACUAAAUCCAUUAUACCUAACUUCUAAAAUCCUAGGUGCUGUGCGAAUCGAUGCCAUUCAGAUUGGUGCGUAAAACUGCACUUCUUUCAAUAAUUAAAAUUCUUUUUAAGAUUUUAGAAUAUGGAUGAUGAUAUACCUAUAUUUGGCAUUGAUUGCAUUAGGCCCUCCUUUAUUACUUGUACGGACCUGCGGUGUACCCAGAACCACCAUUGCUUAGUGGUUCUUUGCCUAUACUACGCAACGGUUACACAUUUCUUCGGCUAAAG